UUUUUGUGCACAAGUACGGCAACCUUUUCUGGACAUUUCUCUCUCGCGAGAGCCCGUGUCCGCCAUAGAGACUACGGAGAGAUCCAGCAAUUCUGACAGGUCCCAUGCGUGGCCGCAGUUAAAUGAUCAGACCGGAAAGACCUACCGUCCGAGCUUUGCUCCUGGGAUUCCUUGUCCUUGGCGGCUACUACUGCAUCCAUAAGCGAGUCGUGAUCGAUGUCACAUAUUCCACUCGAGCCAGCUCGGUGAGCCCGACAGUCCCACGACCCACGGAUGACGGUACAACCACGGUACCUACACUGGCUGGGCCGAAGAGGGAGCGAUACAUCGUGGACACUCCCGGCUGCAAGAUACCAAACUUUGACCCUUUCGACGAGAGCGUACGCAAAUAUUACAAGAAAGUGGGUCGAUACAGUUGCAAGGGCAAGCCAUCGUUCAUUCGGCUCGUCAACGGGACCACGCCCGUGAUCGACGAGCCAUCGCUCCUGACCACCUUCAAGUGCAAACCGAAGGACGUACGAUGCACUUACAUCGAGAUAUACCGAAACGAGUCCGUUCGCGUGCCAGACGACGCGUUCUUCUUCAAGCCCGAAGUGGACCUCGUCUUUGGGGAACCGCUGAGAGCCGAGUUCGUGCACAUCCAGUGCUACAGGGGCAGCCUGUUCCACGAGGAGUACCUGCUGUUGCCGCUGCUCAAGAAGGACGUCGAAGAGCGCUGCGAACAGGCACGGCACGAGGCCGGAGACAAAGGGAGUGGACUCAACAUCCUCGUCCUGGGGCUCGACUCUGUGUCUCGGCUCAAUUUCAACCGGCACUUGAACGAGACCGGCAACUACGUGCGCUUUGUGCUCAAGGGCUACGAGCUGACGGGCUACAACAAGGUGGGCCUCAAUUCUUAUCCGAACCAGACGCCCCUCCUGACCGGGCUGAGCGGGAACGAAGCAAGGAACGCGACGGGAGGAAAGUUCUUCGAUGCGCUCGACUUUUUGUGGAAGCGGUACGCGAAAAAGGGCUACCGCACAGUGUUCCACGAAGAACAGCCCAAGUACGGCCUUUACAGUUACGUGGGCGACGGAUUGAAGCACGCGCCCACCGACUACUACACACGCCACGCAGUAAUGGCGAUCGACAAGUCGAAACUCAAGAAGAACUCGUACUGCCUCGGACCGAGGCCGCCACUCGAGCUCUACCUGGACUACAUGCUGGGCCUGCUCACGGCGCUCGACAAGCGACCCUUCUUCGCGUACUUCUGGAUGAGCGAGCUGGCCCACGACCACCUGAACAUGGCCGGCCACUGCGACGCCCCGCUGAGGGCCGCCCUGGGCAAGCUCCACGACAGCGGCAUCCUCAACAACACGGUGCUCGCCUUCAUGAGCGAUCACGGCCUCAGGUUCGGAUCGCUGCGGCAGACGUACAUCGGGCGGUUCGAAGACAGCUUGCCGUACGCGUUCCUCGUAUUUCCGGCCUGGUUCCUGCAGCAGAACCCGCGCUUCGCUGCCGCACUCGAGUUGAACCAGAGGCGGCUCGCGACGCAUUUCGACAUGCACGCCACGCUGCUGCAGCUUCUCGAAUCCGGGAUGCCAAGGACGGUGACCAAGCACGGCCAGAGCCUCUUGCACGAGCUGCCCGUGACGAGGACCUGCGCCGAUGCUUCGGUGCCGGCUCAGUUCUGCGCGUGCGUGGAGACCGAGGCGUUUCCAGUGAACCACCCGCUGUCCCUGAAGGUGGCGCGCUUCGUGGUCGCCAGCGUCAACAUGCUCGUCGGCCAACAGCUGAAGGGCAAAUGUGCCCCGUGGGCGCUCAAGUCGGUGCUCGCCAUCCACUUCUACCCGCGUGGCGCGGCCGCGGCCGGGAACACCACGGACAGCAACUACUGGGUCAAGCUCUCCGCGGAGCCUGGCGGCGCGCUAUUCGAGGCCACUGUGCGCCACUCCGUCGACUGGAAGGCAUCCACCUUCUCCCUGGUGCAGCAGGCCGACCGGCUCGACUGGUACAGCUCGCACUCACAUUGCGCGCGCGGUAGCCGCUGGGAGAAGUACUGCUACUGCAAGUAGGCGCACCACCGCCGCUCGAGAAUGGUUCGAUACAGAAAGGUGACCCAUGGAGGAUGCAGUGGAGACCGCGGCCCUUUCUGUGCACGCCCUUGAUUCGUUCGGCGAGAACAACCUCUGAUAGGCGCUGUCGCCGCUUGAUGAUACAGGCCUGCGUUAUGACAUACGACACUCAUGUGCAUUUCUCGGCGCAUGCACAGAGUCAGGAAUUAUUCAACCAUUCGCGACAGUUGGAGUGGUGAAUGGUGCUCUAAAAGUGGCAAUCGUUGCGUCGUUUCCUGUGCAUGUCAGCUCUCAUCAAUCGUAUUUAGUACUUCAGAAGCGGCGUUUCUACGAGAGCCAUGGUGUGAGGCCUGCAGCAGGUAACCCAGCUGUGAGUCGCUCACUGUAUUUGUCCCAUGGCUAAAUUGUUUCCCCGGGAGAGAAAGAAAAUUUGUCCCAGAUAUAAUUAGCACGCUUGCGUGAUGCCGAAUCUGGCUUCACAUUUCACAGCGACGAGAAUCUCCGAAUAAAUUGUAGCAAAUAGCGCACAGCACAUUCGUGGCGUUCAAUGCGCAAUAAUGUUUAAUAGGUUGCUAUAAACGCUAUUACAGCUUUACAACUGCGCCAACGACAUAGAAGAAGGCAUUGUCCACUCAUUUUGUGUGGUGUAUACAUUUCAACUCUACAGUAUCAUAAUUUCUUUUCACGAUAGCAGAAAACUGCAAUCCAAAAGAGAGAACGAAAGGAUGUGUAGAAAGACAGGAAGAUUAACGAGAAACAGUUCUGGUUGGCUACUCUAUAGACGGGGGGGAGGGGACAAAAAAAGAAAGAAACGAAGAGUGAGGGAGUUAGAAAGAGAAAAAAAAUAUUGCAGGUUCAACGCGCUUGUUGGAAUCGAAGCCUUCCUGAAGCGGUUACAAUUAAGUGCCUUAAAACUAAAUGCUAUGCGUACAAUUGUCUAUAUUGUCAUCUCAUGCAAUGUUUACGCACCGUUGCGACCACAACUUUAAUGCUAUGCCAUAAUUGUGUUUACGCGCUACAUCGUUCACAAACUAAGCCGAAACCGCAUGCGAAUGCACACUGAGAUGACGCAGUGUCGUGACGAGGACGAAGGUGAUUGUCGAAGGAUGGGGUCAGGUUUAUGCCAAUACGACGCGAAAGCCAGGGCUGACUAUCAUUCUUUUUUUUUUCUGCGUUCGUGACCUAAUAGAAAGCUAUAGAAGUUGUAGCACGAACGUGGUCUCGCAUGCUACGCGAUGCGAGGCAUGCGCCUAUUCGGCAAUAGCGACCAGGGAAGAACCGGAGCGUCCACUAAAACAUGUUCGCUUUAAUAGGGAGAAGCACAAGUGAAGUGAACCGCUUGUACACAAUCCAGCGAUGGCCGACAUGUCUGUUAUGGAGGCCCUCGGGAACUUGAGCAGCGCAGGUAGAACCUUUUGCACGCGGUUAUUUGAAGAAAACUGGCCUACGACUUUCUGCUCUGAUAGUGGACGAUAGCGAAGUCUAUCCAAUACUGCGCACAUCACCUGCCCCUCGGCACUAUAGCGCGUUUUGCUCACGUGCCGUUCUAAGGCACGACUUCCGGCCUUUUUUGGCCACUGCGGUCACCGGCUCUUGCGUCAUUCGCUGGUGUGCCUCAUUCGAUGAUGUGACAAUCCUGCGCAGAAGCAAAUGCAAAACGGCACGUGAGCUAUUGGGAAAAGUUUUACAUUAAAUAAAGUAGCGCGUGUGGAAGUCAGACUUGUUGUUGUUGUUGUUGUUGUUGUUGUUGUUGUUGUUGUUGUUGUUGUUGUUGUUGUUGUUGUUGUUGUUGUUGUUGUUGUUGUUGUUGUUGUUUUGCAACGUGAACCAUACUGUCCUCAGAUCUUUGAAAUGAUCUUGCUAGUUCUGUUAAUCGCCCUCUGUAGUCUGCCCGAGGUGGCUGGUGCGCCUGCGCGUUGGGAAC